CAGCCGAGCCCCGCCAUGGAUCGUGCGCGCCACAAGAGCUCGCCCAGCUCCGAGCGCUUCCUCGGCUCCUUCCUCCCCCGCGCGCCCCCCGGCGACCAGCCCCCCUCGGCAGCCUUCGAGCUCGACGAGGACGACCUCUUCGGCUCGGGCGUCGGAUCUCCCGAGCGGCCGCAGCCGCAGCCGCCGCGCCGGCCCCUGCUCAUCUCCUCCGUCAGCGCCGCAAACCCUAGCCCCCGCUUCCGCCGCCCGCCGGGGGGUAUCCUCGAGGCCCUCCCCGAGCGCCUCGGGCCUCUCUCGCCGCCCCCGCCAUCUUCGUCCGCAUCGACGUCCCCCGCGUCUCCGGCGCCGGCCCUUCCGCGCAUGAUCCCCGCCAUCCCCCGCCCGGCGCCGGCGCCGGCGAUGCAAAUGCCGCAGUCCGCACCGGUGAAUGUCCCGGUAGCGCGGCUGCGGCGACCGUCGUUCGAGGCGUUCGCGAGUGAACCGGAUGAGGAGGACGACGACGAGGAGAUGCUGCCGCCGCACGAGAUGGUGGCGCGCUCGCGGGCGCGGGAGUCGCCCAUGACGACCUUCUCUGUGCUGGAGGGCGCUGGACGGACGCUCAAGGGGAGAGACCUCCGCCAGGUACGCAAUGCCGUGUGGCGGAAGACAGGCCUGCUCGAUUGAUCCAUUGCGUUUGCACUCGGCAGCUGCCUUCACCUGCAGUGAUUGAGUUUGUAUGCUUGAAAUUGUUUUGUACAUUGCGCGUGAUCAGGUGUUAAUUUUAGUUACACCUGUAAAAUGUGUAUUGCAUUGCUCAUCAUUACUUAUAUUAUUUAUGAACUCUCUAUUUGAACUAUCUGAACUAAUUGGUAUGGAUUAAGAUAAAAUUGUGUUCUCAUGGA